CCGACGGGUGCCGUCAAUGAGGACAACUCUAAACUUGCGUGAAAAUAAUCUUAAAAGCCACACUGAUUUUCUUCAGCGGCGACUUUACGUUAAAUGUGAAGUAGACGUGGGAUUAUUUCUUUAAACAAAAUCCCAUUUACCUACUUUGUCACAGUUACCUAACGUUCGUAUCGUCGCUUUAAUUAAUACAGCUGUCAGAUUCUCAGUGUAGUAGAUGUUAAGCUUUCAGUUAAAACUGAAAAUGAAUCAUUUUUUAAUUACCAAGAAGUGUCAUGUUUCACUAAAGACAGCAUUUGCGUUUGAAGUCUGAGUUAUAGCUACCGAAUAACGAAACCCGAAUAUCUUCUUUAUUGUGGCUUCAGUGUGUAUUUCGGUCCACGUCGCUCCAUCAGUCUUCGUUAAAACCGUUUCUUUUGCCGUUUUUUGAUGUCCUGAGAGAAAAAUGAAGGUUGAGCCUGAGGGACACCGCUUUAUUAUGUCGCUUUUUUUUACAGCGAGGCUGAAGGGAAAUUUAAAGACCUAAAAAUAAAGCGUCGGUUUCUACUCCACAAAGAAUCAUUUGAACUUCCUACCACAGAAGGAGCAGGACAUAAAUAGUUCUGACAUGUGGAUGUAAUUUCAGAAAAAAGGCAGACAGAUGCAGAGAAAUAAAACGCGAGCGGGAGAGAGAGACUGGGAACAGUUUGAAUCGAGCUGCAGAUCUGUGACAAGGAAAAGCCGUGAGAAAAUAUUCAUAAUUUUACAAGCAAACGAUGUAAUGGGAGGGAAGCGGACAGCAGAGAAAUGACUGGCUCUUUGACUGCGCUUUAACAGACGCAAACAUCACAGAAAUCCCAUUCAAGCUGACAGCAAUUUGCGUGAACUUGUCGGGAUGGGAGCCACGCUGAUCGUACACACUUUAGGUUUUCUCUUUUGCGGCACCUUGCUGAGUUUCGUCUAUGGUCUGGUUGACGCUGAUGAUGUCCUCACUAAAGAAGAACAAAUCAAUCUUCUGUUCAACGCAAAACGAAAAUGUGAACGAGCCAUCAAGUCCAAACAUAAAAUCACUGAGGGUUACUGCAUGCCGGAGUGGGAUGGCAUCGUUUGCUGGCCCGAGGGACUUCCUGGAAGGAUGGUGUCCACUGCCUGCCCAGAGUACAUAUAUGACUUCAACCACAAAGGACAUGUGUACCGGCGCUGUGACUUCAAUGGGAGCUGGGAGAUGGCAUCAAAUAACAACAAAACCUGGGCUAAUUACAGCGAGUGCGCCAAAUUCCUCUCCCAUUAUAACCCGGACGAUGAGAGGGAGGUUUUUGACAGACUUUACCUGAUCUAUACCGUGGGCUACUCCAUCUCUCUGGGAUCACUUAUGGUGGCGACAGUCAUCCUAGGAUACUUUCGGCGGCUGCACUGCACCCGAAACUACAUCCACAUGCACCUGUUUGUAUCGUUCAUGCUGAGGGCCGUUAGUAUAUUUGUGAAAGACGUGGUGUUGUACUCUGGUGCUGCUCUGCAGGAAAUGGAGAGCAUCACUGUGGAAGAUCUCAAAUCCAUCACAGAAGCUCCUCCUGCCAACAAAACCAAGUUUAUUGGCUGUAAGAUGGCUGUGACUCUCUUCUUGUACUUCUUGGCGACUAAUUAUUACUGGAUUCUGGUGGAAGGCCUGUACCUGCACAGCCUUAUCUUCAUGACCUUCUUCUCAGACAGGAAGUACCUUUGGGGCUUUACUCUGAUUGGCUGGGGUGUUCCUGCGAUGUUUGUGACCAUCUGGGCUAGCGUGAGAGCCACUCUUGCUGACACCGAGUGCUGGGAUUUAAGCGCAGGAAACCUGAAAUGGAUAGUGCAGAUCCCUAUUCUGACAGCAAUUGUUGUCAAUUUUUUGUUGUUCCUGAAUAUAAUAAGAGUCUUGGCAACGAAACUUAGAGAAACAAACGCAGGAAGAUGUGACACCAGACAACAGUAUAGAAAGCUGUUAAAAUCGACGCUGGUCCUCAUGCCGCUCUUUGGGGUUCACUACAUUGUGUUCAUGGCAAUGCCCUACACAGAAGUGUCUGGGGUGCCGUGGCAAAUCCAGAUGCAUUAUGAAAUGCUCUUUAACUCAUUCCAGGGAUUCUUCGUUGCAAUUAUAUAUUGCUUCUGCAAUGGAGAGGUCCAAGCAGAAAUCAAGAAGUCCUGGAGUCGGAGGACGCUGGCUCUGGACUUCAAGAGAAAAGCCCGGAGUGGCAGUAACACGUACAGCUAUGGACCCAUGGUGUCUCACACCAGUGUCACUAAUGUGACCGCACGGGGCCCUCUGGCCCUGCACCUCACCACCCGCCUGGGGCCCGUCUCCCUCAACGGCCACCGAAACCUCCCGGGAUACGUGAAGAACGGCUCCGUCUCUGAGAACUCCAUCCCGUCCUCGGGUCACGAGCUCCAUACACAAGAGGAAGAACCUUCGAAGAGCUUCCAGGUGGAAAAAACCAUCCCGGUGGUGGAGGAGGAAAGAGAAACGGUCAUGUGACUUCACAAACCUUAAUAAAGACCAAGAAAAAUGUCAAAGGAUUAGAGAGUCCUUUGUUUCUCAGGAUUUCCUCACAAUUAGGGUUGUGAGACCAUCUAAGAUGUACAGUUGGACCGAAUGGACCAGAUCUGAUCCGUGUCUUUUAAAUGAGCCGCAAUGUUCUUACAAGACUGGAAGCUACAACAGGCAGCAGGCCACCUUCACCAGCAGCAGUCGGAGAAUGAGAACAGAUUUGGGCUUCAAAGAUUGUGGUGAACGCAUUGUGCAACAGUGAGUUUGCUUCAGGGUCAAGUCAUAUGAAAUAUAUGGCACUGUGGACCGUGAUUUGUAAAUAAGAGACUCAUAUUUGAAAGAUGUUUUUGAUCAGCACUAAUAUAAUGUUACUUACAGAUGCGACUGCCAGUAGGGACACUCUUUGUAUUAUGAUAGCAGGUCUGUGUUGGUAGAAUGUCAUAUUUAUAUGUCUUUAAGUCUUGAGCGGCUGUGUCUUGUUUAUCCAUGCCAAAUCUUGCCAGACUGUCUUUUUUCUUCAUGAGUGAAUUCCCUCAGAAUCUACAGUACAAGCUUGCAUUAUCGCCAGUGAUGAUGAAGUGAUUGUUGCCAGUGGUGAAACGUCCAAGAAUUUUGUUAUAAGGACCAACACAUACUAUACUAGGCAUUAAAGAAAAAUCCUGUCCAUGUUUUUUAUUUUCAGGAUCGUUUUUGGCUGCCUUAACCAUUUCAGUUUAGCAUAGUUUAUAAUACUGUUUCCAUUUGAUCACUAACACCAUUGUUUCCAUCCAAAGUGGAAAUCAUCACAUUGUCUGAUCAUGCAUGAGCAAUAAUUCUUAUUAACAAGGUGAUAUGAGCCGUCAUUCAUAUCUGAAGCACAGACCGUGCAGGAUGAGUUAUGCAGUUAUGCAGAUCUUUAAAGUGAGGUGUGCAUUCACAUCUUUAACCCUUUAGUAACAGCACUAUUGCAUUAUAAAACACAUUCAACAGGAAUGAUUCAAAUAUUUUCAUACCAAUGUUGUUUUAAUUAAUGCAUUUCAGAAAAUGAUUAUACUGCUUUACAAAAUAUCCUUUGGUAGCAGCCAGUAUACCUUUCCUUUCCUUUAUAGAUGACAUAUUUCAAGUGAAUGAAAUGCGCCUCUCAUUCUGUGUAAAUCAAUGGACAGCAUCAUUAUGCUCUGUACUGUGAGAGUUUUCAGGGAACUGUGAAAUCUCCAUUAAAGGCAUCAUAAGAGCAGUUCACUGAAAACCCCUAUACAUAUACAUUAUCCUCAUUAUCGUAUAAUGAAUGACGGUCAUAUUUUCCACAUCUACUCUCCAUCCUGAAAAGGCUUUUAUUAAACCUGCUCAUGCUUCACUCCACUGCCUCACAUUACAUUCAACCGUUUCAUCAGAAUGUUUCAUGCAUUACUGUAAAUGAGAAGCUGGAAAUCAUUUUUUUAAAGCCAUAAGGAAGAACAAACUGAAGUCAGUAUUGUAGGUUUAGAGGCUCAUCCUCUGUUAUGUGUAAUAUAAUGCUGCUUUUUGUUACUCCAUGUAUAUAUGUCAAUAUUGUGUUUACAGAUUACAUGAAAAUGUCCACACAGUUACGAGCUAAACGUCCUUCUGCAUAUGUUUUAGAAUGUAAUACUGAUAUGGAAAGACAGAAAUGUAAUGCAGGUUAUGAUUUUAUAUGCUAAUAGUUUUUUUUUUUCAUAUUUCAAGCAAUUAGUGUUUGCUAUUCAAUGAAUUCAAACCAUUACUCAACAAAAAAAACUUUAAUAAAAUAUAUACAUUCUGCUUUUCUUUACGUAACAACCAUCUGAACUUGAAUUUGAGGACAGAUUAAGAUGACAACAUGUUUUACCAUUAAAUGUAAUCUAUUAUUUUCAGUCAUAUUAUUUAUAAAAUGGCAUCUAUUUUUGCACUUUUUAUGCCUUUCUACUCAAUAACAUUUGAGACUGUUGGUUUCAGAUAUUAACAGGGAUUGAUUUGAAAAUAACUGCUUGAAUGAUAUUGAGGAUUCAUGACAGAUCGAGAAAUUGACCUUAUUUUACUGCUUUGAAUAUCUCUGCUUUACUCGUGUGCAUAUUUUUAUUGCAUCCCAUCAUUCUUCAUGUCCUCUUUUUGACACAUUGCAACAAAAAAUAUUUUACCCAAAAAAUGUAUAUUCUUUCUGCAAAAAUGUGCAUUUCUGUUGUUGUCGAUGUUGUUUGUCACAUUAAUGCAAACUAACUUUUCUAUGUACACCAAUGUUGUAUAUUUUAGUGGUGAACGUGUAUCAUGUGAAUAAUAAAUGAAAAUG